UGAUGGAGGAGAGACAGCGUCAUGAGAAAAUGAGUGAAAAAACUCACUCACUGAAGAGAAAAGACAAAGAAUGUGUCACCUGCACUCAGUGUGGGAAGAGUCUGGCAAACAAACAGAGUCUCAGAUAUCACAUGAGGAUCCACACUGGAGAGAAACCAUUCACAUGUUCUCAGUGUGGGAUGAGUUUCAGAAACUCAUCAAACCUUACUAAACACAUGAAGAUCCACACUGGAGAGAAAACACACAAAUGUGAUCAAUGCAGCAAAACAUUUUUAAGGGCUUCACACCUGAAGAGCCACCUUAGAGUUCAUACAAAGGAGAAGCUUUAUCCAUGCUCUGUGUGUGGGAAGAGUUUCACACGUCAAGAAAGUUUAAGAAGUCAUCAGAAGAUCCACACCGGUGUGGGAGAGUACAGGUGCUUUGAGUGUGAGAAAACCUUUUCUAGGGCUGAAAAUUUGAAAAUACAUGAGAGAAUUCACACUGGAGAGAAACCUUACAUUUGUUCACUGUGCAAUAAGAGAUUCAGUCAGUUUGCACAUAUGAAAACACAUGCGAGGGUUCACACUGGAGAGAAACCUUACACGUGUUCAGACUGUGACAAGAGAUUCAGUGAUUCAGGAGAUCUGAGAAAACAUGUGAGGGUUCACACUGGAGAGAAACCUUACACGUGUUCAGACUGUGACAAGAGAUUCAGUGAUUUAGGAAAUCUGAGAAAACAUGCGAGGGUUCACACUGGAGAGAAACCUUACAUUUGUUCACAUUGUGAUAAGAGAUUUAGUGAUUCAGGAAAUCUGAGAAAACAUGUGAGGGUUCAUACUGGAGAGAAACCUUACAAGUGUUCGGACUGUGAUAAGAGGUUCAAUGAUUCAGGACAUCUGAGACAACAUGAGAGGAUUCACACUGGAGAGAAACCUUACAAGUGUUCACACUGCCACACGAGAUUCAAUGAUUCAGGACAUCUGAGACAACAUGAGAGGAUUCACACUGGAGAGAAACCUUACAAGUGUUCACACUGCCACACGAGAUUCAGACAGUUAGGAGGCUUGAAAACGCAUGAGAGGAUUCACACCAGAGAAAAACCUUAAAGGGGUGGUCCACCGUGGUUUUUUUAAGAUUCGAUUGUGUUUAUGUGGUGCAAAACAAUGUGUGUUUUCAUGAUUCAUUUGUAAAAAAUCAUGUUAUUUGUUCACAUAUCUUACCUUCAUUUUAUACAGCUACUGAACUAACAUGAAAACGACUACUAUAUUUCCUGGUUCUGUCUAUAAGGCCCGCCCUCAACGGGCUCUAAUUAGUCAGCUAACCUAAGUGAAGUUUAUUUAUAAACUAAUUUCGAGAGGAGCGCGUGCUUAUGAUUGAUGAUGGCUGGUCCCACAUUAACGCAUGAUUCGUAACUCACUAUAAAUAACCUGAGUUUCUUACUUUAGUUAUCUUUGCCUAGAUCAGGGAUACUCAAAUAUAAAUUUGAAAGGUCCACUCACCGAAUUUUCAUUUAGGCCGAGGUCCGGAAAAGUAAAGCUCAAAUUCCAAAUAGAGAACUCCAACAGAAAAAGGCAAUCGCCAAAUUUUCCAACUAUACACAAAAAAUAUCAUCAUAGAACCUUUAGUGUGAAAGGUGACACCUUCUUCGUGCCACCAGUUGUUUAAAUUUGGGCAUAAAAGGUCAGGGCCAGGCGGAGGCAGUUCAUUGGUGAGUGUGCUGCGGAAGUUUUUCACCAUGUUCAUGUUUGAAAAGGCAGAUUCACAGCAGUACGUUGAGGGAAACAUUGUGAGAAUCUGAAGGGCCAUCUUCUGCAGGAGAGGAACACCUGCUGCAGUAAUUUUUGUCCAGAAGGUGACAGGGUCACAGAGAGAUUCCUGCAGUGCUAGGGUUUCUUGGAGCUCAAUUAGCUCAGUUUGUAAAACAGCAGCAUUUGCCUAUGGGAAGACUUUCAUGGCUUCAGUUGAGAAUUUUGCAAUACUUUUGACUAGUAAUGGAUUUUCUAUGCUCAAGAUUUGUUUUCCCAGAGGGAAAUCUUUAAAUUGAGUUUGGACAUUUUGAAUGAGUUUUUCAGGAAUUCAGCAUAAUUGUGAUGUAGAUGUUUUCCUGCAGUCUGAUCCAAAAGUCUUGAGAAGUGAAGCAAGUUCUGCUGUAAGUCACAUUUGAACACCUCACCUCCAGCUUCCUCUGGAAAGCACGGACAGCUGACAUGAGGUCUAUUUUUGCCCUGGAGCUUCAUAUUAAGGUCAUAAGGUGCGAAGUAAUGUCAGCUAGAACAGCAACAACUUCCAUUUCUUUUUCAUUCUUCAUGAAAUCCACAAAUGGUUAGGCUUUUGCACUCUUUUGAUCCAAAAGAAAUGUCUCAAGCUCUUUCCGCAGUGCCUAAAAUCUCUCCAGUACCUUGCCUUAACUAAGCCACAACAUUGUGGUGAAGAAACGUUGCAUUUACUUCUAUUAGAAAUGAGCGCAACAAACGAUGUUGCAGAGCAGAGGAUGCUCUCAGAUCGUUGACAAGUUUCAUCACUUUUGUCAUUACAUCUGAGUACCUUUCUCCAAGACUGGCACACAAAACCAUCUGGUGAAUUAUGCAGUGGUAUGCCAUGAGGUCAGGAUGGUGAGUUGUCGAGCGUGACACUAAUCCCCUCUCUCAUAAAAAUGACAGCCUGGAGUGCGCAAGAUAGUGAGCAUGUGAGCGAGCGAGUGACCUAGCUGCUAUAGCAAUGCUGGCUGUUACAACUGCUGUGAUUGGACAUAGUUGAAGCAGCCAAACGGAGUAGAAUCCUCAAGGAUAUAUCGCGGAUCCACAAUUGCGCACUCCAUUGAAAACUCAUUUGGAUUAUGAUUAAAUUGGCAUGCUGGUUUUGGCGUCGGUCCAGAUUUUUUCGUGUCCAGGUGCGGACCGGAGUCCACCUAUUGAGUACCCCUCACCUAGAACAAUCCCCCCUUCCACCCCAUGCCUCCUGUGCAGAGUUUACAUGUUCUGCCCGUGCUAGGGUUGGUUUUCUCCCACAGUCCAAAAACUUGCGUCAUAAGUGAAUUGAUCAAUAUAAAUUAGCACUAUAGUCGAGCUCUUAACCAGCAGCAUAUCUCUAUAUAGCAACUUAUAAUCUGUCAUAGACUCUAAGUAAGAUGGGCGGGGCUGGUUUGGUUCUCAAGUCCUACCUGAGCUCAAACUCCCCUUUUAUCCUGUAAACGGAAGGGAGCCCCGGGCUCGAGGAACUUAUGAGGAGGAGCUUUUAUAAUCAAACAUCAGCUAAGUCUGAACUCUUGAAUGUGUUGUGAUUGGCAGAUCGGCUCCACGUCACCAGGAAACGUCAUGCCUCUCUUGCAUGCUGUCAGGGCUGGCGCGAUCAUAGAGGUGACCUAGGCAGCUGCCAAGGGCAGCAGAAAUAGUGAGGGUGGCGUCCAGCU